AUGACCGACGCGCGGAGUCAGGACGGGCCGGCGGGAGAGGCCGCCCCCUCCGCCGAGCACCCCUCCGCGGACGGCACGGUGGAGCUGAAGCGGAAGAUCACGCUGCUGAACGGCGUAACCAUCAUCGUGGGCACCAUCAUCGGCUCCGGCAUCUUCGUGUCCCCGAAAGGCGUGCUGGAGAACGCGGGGUCCGUGGGGCUGGCUCUGCUGGUCUGGGCGCUGUGCGGAGUGUUCUCCACCGUGGGCGCGCUGUGUUACGCCGAGCUGGGAACCUGCAUCACCAAGUCAGGCGGGGAUUACGCCUACAUCCUGCAGGUGUUCGGCCCGCUGCCCGCCUUCCUCAGGCUGUGGAUAGCGCUUCUUAUCAUCAGACCGACGUCCCAGGCCAUAGUCGCCCUGACGUUUGCGGAGUACAUCUGUCAGCCCUUCUUCCCCGGAUGUAGCCCUCCUGAGGCUGCAGUGCGCAUGCUCGCAGCGGUCUGUCUCACUGUCCUGACGGCGAUUAACUGCGGGAAGGUGCGGUGGGCCACGCGGGUGAUGGACCUGUUCACCGCCGCCAAGCUGCUCGCGCUGGCCCUCAUCAUCGGCCUCGGGAUCAUGCAGCUCGCAAAGGGUGAGACGCAGCACCUGCAGCCCGCCACGUCGUUCCGCGGCACGUCAGGCUCCGUGGGCGGCAUCGCGCUCGCCUUCUACUCAGGACUCUUCGCCUACGGAGGCUGGAACUACCUGAACUUCGUGACGGAGGAAAUGAAGAACCCGUACAGGAACCUGCCGCGGGCCAUCAUGAUCUCCCUGCCGCUGGUGACGAUAGUGUACAUCCUGGCUAACGUGGCGUACUUCACCACUCUGUCUCCGGACGAGCUGCUCAAGUCUAACGCCGUGGCCGUGACGUACGGAGACCGGCUACUCGGCGCGGCGAACUGGAUCAUUCCCGUUUUCGUCGCCAUGUCGACUUUCGGGGGCGUCAACGGCUCGCUCUUCACGUCAUCACGAUUGUUCUUCGUGGGAGCGCGUGAGGGUCACCUGCCCGACAUCCUGGCCAUGAUCCACGUCAGACGAUUCACUCCGGUCCCCUCUCUCAUCUUCACUUGCCUGAUGUCGCUGCUGAUGCUGGUAUCCGGCGACAUGUUCGACCUCAUCAACUACUUCAGCUUCUUCAACUGGCUGUGUGUGGGGAUCGCCAUCAUCGGGCAGCUCAUUCUGCGCGUCAUGAAACCUGACAUGCCCCGUCCUGUCAAGGUACACCUCGCCCUGCCCAUCUUCUUCGUGCUGGCCUGCAUGUUCCUGGUGAUCGUGUCGAUCUACGAGACGCCCGUGCAGUGCCUGGUGGGCUUCGGCAUCAUCCUGUCGGGGCUGCCCGUCUACUUCGUCGGCGUCUGGUGGAAGGCGAAGCCGAAGUGGCUCGUGGAGGGACUCGACUCAGUGACGCGAGUCUUACAGAAAACCCUGGAGGUCAUGCCCGAGGAGCAGGCCACCGACCUCUCAGGGUCACGGGAAGGCGGGAAAAUCCCCGCGAAGGUCCCGGAUGUUGCAGACGACCCUGACGAGGAGCCGGUUCAAAAUGGCGGCCAGGCGGCGGACGGAAAUGACGUCACGACGCAGAACGUGCUCAACCGGAAGGCCAGUAGGAAAGGAAAGGAAGAUACGGAUGCUGACGACGACGUUUUUCAGAAAAUCGAAACCUAGAUCUUGAUUGCAGCAGCGCUUGUUGUGUGAUUGUCACCAUAGUUUUUCCUUCGGCCUUUCCUGCUGUACACUCUCAGUACUUAGCUAUUGUAUUCAGAACCGUUAUUAUCUAGUUUUAUGCCUGAAUUGUAGGCUAAGGCACGGUUCUGGAUAGUCUCCACGUAUCCAAGAAUGUAGAUUUGCCACCCCAGACACGGUUCUGGAUACAUGUGGACUAUCGCAGAGCCGUGCAUGAGCAUGUUUCUGGAUCAAGCACGGUUCUGCAUACAACA